AUGGAGCGGCUGCACCAGCCGACGGCGCACGAGUUGCGCCAGCAGCGGGAGGAGGCGGAGCGGCUUGAGAAAGCGCGGGAAGAGAUGCUGGAGAGGCAGCGGAACGAGGAGCGGCGAAAGCAGGAGCUGGUAACCCGCGCGGCGACGAUUAUUGCGACCGCGGGGAUGCCAGGCGCGCGGGAGUUCCGCGCAGAGCAGGAGCGGCGGGAGGAAGAACGGCGCGCGCAAGAACUACUCGAGCAGGAGCAGCGGGAGGCGGAAGAGCGGCGACGGAGGGAAGAGGAGGACCGGCGGGAGAGGGAAGAGGAGGAGAGGCGGCAGAGGGAAGAGCGGCGCCAGCAGUUGAAGAGCCGGGCGGCCACGAUUGUCGCUAAUGCGCCCUCGUGGGAGCAGACGCUACAGCAGCAGCUGCGGCAGCACGAUCAUGCUACAGCCGGGUUGCUAGAUCCAGAUGAUUCGGCCGCCGUUACGAAAAGGAGAGAAUCGGAAACUUCGCGGGCGCUGUCGUUGCGACGUCGCCCACUGAUGGUACAGAUCGACGACGCAAGCGACAGUAACAUUGUUACAGUCGCUUCCCCCGCGACAGGCUCCGCCAGGACCCCGUGGCAAGGAGCGGGGGCGACGGAACGCAGCCCGCGAUCAACGCUAGUGGCGACGGCGGCAUUCGCGUCCGCGCAAUCGGUGAUGGCGGGAGCCAAGUCCCCCGGAUCGAUCUCCCGGGGCGCGACUCGGUCGUUCGGAGCAUCCGCCGCGCCGCCCCCUUCCGCGGCAUUCCUUCCGCCUAAGUCUCCCGCUGCGCCGAUCUGGGGCGCAGGCGCAGUUUCCGCCAGGGAGAGUCAGGAGGCGCAUUGGCAAGACGUGAGUCGACUGGAGGCGAUCAGAUCGCCCAAAGGCGCGCAGCUUUCUUCGUCGUCGGGUGGCUGUUCCACGCGGAACUUGCACGGGCAGCAGCGGCAAUCAUUUCACGGGCAGCAGGGAGAGCCGCUUGUCGUGUCGCCCCGCCCGCCCUUCGCUGCUGCCGCCCCCGCGGACGCGCCUCGAACUCAGAUUGAUCUGAACGAGAGCCCUUCCUCCUCCUCUCCUCCCUCCCCACUUCCUCUCUCGCCCUCUCCCCACCCUCUCCUUCGCCACCCUUUCUCCCCUCACUCUCCCUCCCCUCAUUCCCCCUCUCCUCACUCCCCCUCGCAAGGCGCCGAGAAACCCUACGGCACGUCUCCAACCCCACCAGCCUUCCAGGGCGCGAGUAGAAAGAAGGACUCUCGCCCGCCACUCUCCCCCACCUGCAUUCCCCCCCACGCCUCACCCACCGGACCUGCCUCCAAGGCUUGGCAUACCUACCCCCGGAGCAAGAGCUCCGCCGAAGCAGACGACUCGCCCCGGGAAGGCAAAUCCCCCGAACCUGAGUAUUUUCUUGAUAGGGAAGGUAUUGCAGUAGGAAUGGGAUGCAGCAGGAAGCAAGCAGAAGGAGCAUCAAGCAGCCCGGGUAAUCAGAGAAGCCCGAGCAAUGAGGGCAGUGAGUGCAGUCCGGUGAACACAGCCGCAGGGGGCGACGGCAAGGCACGGGUAGGUUCUGAAACAGUGGCCAGGAGAGCGCUCGUGAAGCAUGCGAGCAGUGCGGCAGAGCGAAGGAGAGGGAAUUCUUUAGGGGUUGGUGCAGGGGAUGCGGCUGGGGAUGGUUCAGGGCGGGGCGGAGGGAGCUGCAGGCAUAGGAGGGCGGCGACCUGGACAGAGCCGGAGGAAUUGAGUCCGGGAGGGAGGGAGGAUGGAGGGGAUGGUGGGUCGCCAGCUGUUACAGGCGAGGCUGCUGCAAACGCAGAGGGUAGUGGUCGGUGGGAGGCAAGAUCAGAGGCAAGAUCAGAGGCAAGACUUGGGAGACUUGCAGCCAAUUCUGCUGCUGAUGCUGGUGCUGGUGCCGCCUCAGACCCAGUUGCACGUGAGGCGGAUGCAGAAGCAGAUGAGCGAGGCCAGUGGGAGGAGGCGGAGCUGCAAAUCCGCACGCGGUUCUUCAAGGCGAGCCACAACCGUCUCUUCAGCCUCGCAGCCAAGGGCCUCUCCUCCUUCUCCAAACUCCUUGCUGCCGCCAGUGCUGCUGCUGCUGGGGCUGCUGCUGGCAUGGGCGUGGGGGGUGUGGGGGUGAAUGUGCUGGGUGGGGCGUUUGGGGAGGUGGAGGAGAGGUAUGAGGUGGAGGGGGGGAAGGAGCUGGGCGCGGGGCAGUUUGGGGUGACACGAGUGGUGGUGUGUCGGAGCACAGGGAGGCGGCUUGCAUGCAAGACCAUCAACAAGGCCGCUUUCAAGUCCAAAUCCGACAUCGAAGACGUCCGGCGGGAGGUCGCCAUCCUGAACCUCCUCAGAUCCCACCCGAACGUAAUUCACCUGGAAGAACCCAUCGAAACCCCCCAUGCCAUCCACCUGAUCAUGGAGCUGUGCUCGGGCGGCGAGCUGUUCGAUCGAAUCAAGGAGCGGCGGCGGUACAGCGAGAGGGAGGCGGCUUUGGUGAUGCGUGCGGUGCUGGGCGUGCUGCAGAGCUGCCACCAGCGCCACCACGUGGUGCACCGCGACAUCAAGCCCGAAAACAUCCUCCUCGCCCACCCCUCCUCCCCCACCGACGUGCGCGUCAUCGACUUCGGAGUCGCCGCGUUUCUCAAGCCCGGGGGGAAGAUGUUGACUGAUGUCGUCGGGUCGCUAUUCUACAUCGCGCCGGAGGUGCUUUCCGGGUCGUAUGGGACACCGGCGGAUGUGUGGUCGGCGGGCGUUGUCCUGUAUGUGCUGCUGGCCGGCGUGCCGCCCUUUUGGGCGGAGACGGAGGCGGGGGUGGCACGGGCGAUCAAGGAGGCGGAGGUGGGGUUUAAGGGGUCGGCAUGGAGAGGUGUAUCGGAGAAGGGGAAAGAUUUGAUUCUGCGGAUGCUGGAUCGGGAUCAGAAGAGGAGGGUCUCGGCACAGGAGGCUCUAGGUGGGUUCUGGUCGUACAGGCCGUUCUUUGGACCACUGGCGAACUGCCACGUGGAGACCAUCUUUGCAGCCGUGGCGCGCUCCCUGCCUGCCGUGCGGUUCAGAAGGGAGUGCCUGAGAAUGGUGGAUGGCGGCACGGUGGCUCUUGAUUGGCCGAUAGGGGGCGAGGCGCUGGAAGGCACGUCGGCCAAUGGCGAGGUGCCACCUGGCACUCCCUGGCUGAUUCUUCUGCCCAGGUUGACGGGCGGCAGUGGUGACACAUGUAUGGAGCACAUGCAUAUGUCCCCUUUUCCCCUUCGUGCAUGCACCAUAGACGAGCCAGGGCUGACAGGGGACAGUGGCGACACGUACGUGAGGCACAUGCUGGUGCGCGCCAGGCGGCCUGGCGGGCGGGGUGGGCGGGGUGGGGCACAGCGGUGUUCAACUCCAGGGGCUGCCGGGGCUGCCUCUGCUCUCACCGUGCAUGCACCACUGCCUUCCCUCAUCUACCCACCAGCCCGGGCUCACAGGCGGCAGCGGCGACACGUACGUGAGGCACAUGCUGGUGCGCGCCAGGCGGGCGGGGUGGGGCACGGUGGUGUUCAACUCGCGUGGCUGCUCCAACAGCCCCGUUACGUCGCCGCAGGUGAUUCUUCCGCACACGAUGAUGGCCCAGUUCCACUCAGCACCAUUUCACUGACGAUUUUCACCGCGCAUUUAAGUCCCCUACUCCCUCCUCUCCCCUUCCCGCCUCUCUACCCACCAACCCCCAUUUCUCCCCAGUUCUACUCAGCAUCAUUCACCGAGGAUGAACGGCAGUUCUACUCGGCAUCAUUCACCGAGGAUCUACGGCAGGUGGUGCGCCACGUGGCAGCACUGCAGCCGCUCUCGCGCCUCUAUGCGGCCGGCUGGUCCCUGGGAGCCAACAUCCUCGUGCGCUACCUGGCGCAGGAGGGAGAGGAGGUGCCUCUGUCGGGAGCAGUAUCGCUGUGCAACCCUUUUGACCUGGUGCUGGCUGAUCGCAACUUCCACAUUGGAUUCAACAACUUCUAUGAUCAACGGCUGGGAUCGACUCUCAGGGGUAUUUACGCCAAUCACGCACCCCUGUUUGAGGGGCUGGGCGGGGAGUAUGACAUAGACCUCGUAGCACGAGCUAAGACUGUGCGGGACUUCGAUGUGGGACUCACACGAGGUGCGUGGGGGUGGAGGGCAACAGGGCCCACACGAGGUGCGUGGGGGUGGAGGGCAACAGGGACCACACGGGGUGCGUGGGGGAGGGGUGGGGAGAGUGGAGUGAUGUAUGCAGCAGCUGGCUUACAGCGACACAGGGGCUUACACGAGACUUUGAUGUGGGGUUCUCAUGAGGUGUGUGGGGGAGGGCUUGGGUACAAGUUUACAGUGACACAGGGGCUUAUAGUUCAGGGCUCACACGAGGUGCGUGGGGGAGGGCAGCAGGGCUCACACGAGGUGCGUGGGGGAGGGCAGCAGGGCUCACACGAGGUGCGUGGGGGAGGGCAGCAGGGCUCACACGAGGUGCGUGGGGGAGGGCAGCAGGGCUCACACGAGGUGCGUGGGGGAGGGCAGCAGGGCUCACACGAGGUGCGUGGGGGAGGGCAGCAGGGCUCACACGAGGUGCGUGGGGGAGGGCAGCAGGGCUCACACGAGGUGCGUGGGGGAGGGCAGCAGGGCUCACACGAGGUGCGUGGGGGAGGGCAGCAGGGCUCACACGAGGUGCAUGGGGUGGGGUUGGGGAGAGUGGAGUGA